UGCUGCUGCUGCUGCUACUACUACAGCUGCUGCUGAUACCACUACCACUACAGCUAAUCACUACUACUGCUGCUACUAUUACUACUACUACGACUACUACUAUGACUAUUACUAUGACUACUACUACUACUAUUACUACUGUCAGCGUGCUAAGUCUAACAACAGUGUGUAUGCCAAGAGAGAAUUUCUAACUCAAAAAUAUUGUGGAUAUUUUUUUCAAAAGAAUAACAAGGAACAAGUUAAAAUCAAAACAAACGAAACGAAACGGAAAUAUUAACGCACUCACACACACAGCUCUCUUCUCUUUCACUUUGGUACCUAGGAUUUUUUGACUAUAUAUAUAUAUAUAUAUAUAUGUACACUUACAUACACACACAUAUACACAAAUAUAUAUAUAUAUGUAUAUAUGUAAAGUCUGUUGGGGAUUCUUGUUUUGAGAGGUGCUUGCUUUUUUAUUAGGGGGGUGCUACACUAUGGAUUAACUACCCGCUUUUAUAUUAUAUAACAACAUACGUACGUGCGUGUGUAUAUAUAUAUAUAUAUAUAUAUAUAUAUAUAUAUAUAUAUACUGUCGUAAUUAUGUAAUAUGUAACAACAUACACAAAAAAAAAUACAGCCACACACUUGUGCGCACACAUAGAAUUUAUAACUCUAUAUUUGUCAUAUAUAUAUAUAUAUAUAUAUAUAUAUAUACACGUGUAUGUUUACAAGUAUAUUUUCAGAAAUCUGAAUGUGUGUCUAUAUGUUAUAUACGAAAUAUAUUGCUGCUAUGUAUGUUUGUGGAUUUUUAACUGAAAUAUUUUGCCAUGCAACUUGACCGUCAUUACCAGCUCACAACACAUGUAAUGUUUACAAGACAUAUCUGGUAUAUAUAAUUAAUAUACACGCUUUAAGAUGUUUAUACGAACCAAUGAGAGAAAAAUGCAUGAAAGUAUUUCACCAUCGGUGUGGUUAAUACUGAAAAUGGAUCCUCAUCUUUGACACAGAAAACGAAUUUUAUUUCCUCAAUCUGUCAUUCGCAAUCUACCUCUAUAUACACACACAUAUAAACAUGUAUAUUUGUGAAUAUAUUUAUGAAAAUUUUAAAAACCAAAUUGAUGAAAUUUGGUUGAUAUUUCGUUGAGAGGAAAACAGUGGAUCGUGUGGGGUAACGUGUUUUGUUUUUGUUUCUGAUUUAUUUUUCUUUCUGUUUUGAAAAAAAAAAAAAAAAUAUCAGACGUCCGAAAAAGAGGAUGGCGUGGAAUUAUUACCAUCUGACUAACAACAACAAAAAUUCAUGUCUGUGUAAGUUUUUCAAAUAUAAUUCCAUUAUUCUUGCCGAAAUGAAACAGAAACAAAGAUUGUGAAAAUAUAAAUAACAAACUACAUUGUACCAUACAAUCUUAUACACGCAUUCAACACUUUAUAACAAAUUGGCACCAUACCACAUUAUACACACAUAGACCUAUACAUAGCAAAAGAAUCACACACUCACACAACAGCAGAAAUAAUACCACUACAGUUGUACACACACCAACGAAAUAACACUAUACUACAUAUAUAUCAUACGCACUUAAUACCAUAUACACCCACACAGUAUACACAAGCGUUAUAUACUACAUUAGUAUAUAUAUAUACACACACACACCUUAAUCACACAAAACAUAUAUAGAAUACACGCCUAUAUAUAUAUAUAUAUAUAUAUAUAUAUAUAUAUAUAUAUAUAUAUGUAUAUGUAUACACGCAGUAUGCGCUCUGGGUAUAUAUGUAUUCAUUUUUAAUAUAAGAUACAUGCUUUCAAAGCGAGUAACAUAUUUAUGUGUAUAGAAUAAUAUAUAAGUAAAAAGAAGGAAAGACGAAAAUAAAGGACGGGAAGGAAGAAUAUCUCUGCCUAAUUGGAUCUACUCUUAUCAAAGGUUGUUAACUAGUAAUUUUUAUUAGCUCUUCAAAGGAAAGAGCUUAACAAAAUUUUUUUCUAUAAUAAUAAUAAUUUGGAUAAUAGUAAUUAAUACUAAUUAAAAUAUCACUAUGGAUAUAGAAUCAAAACUGGCUUCUCCAGAUGUGGACCCAAGUUUUAAACCUCAGAUGCGCGUUCGCUCCAACACGUGGCCCCUCCGGCCUCAAGAAGUUAGCUCCGGUGACGGACCUGACCCUCAGAACAGUCCGUUGCACGAGGAACCUGUGUGUCCGGUCGCUAUAGGUGACAGUGGCACGCCUGGUGGUAAAGAUGCUUUGACUGUCAACAAGAAAUCUUCGUCAAGAAGGAAUGCAUGGGGUAAUUUAUCGUACGCUGAUCUUAUAACCAAAGCCAUACAAAGUUCCCCGGAGCAACGUCUAACCUUGUCGCAAAUUUAUGAAUGGAUGGUUCAAAAUGUGCCAUAUUUUAAGGAUAAAGGAGACAGCACUAGCUCUGCAGGAUGGAAGAACUCAAUUCGUCACAACUUGUCCCUACAUAACAGAUUCAUGCGAGUCCCCAACGAGGGUUCGGGCAAGAGUUCCUGGUGGGUCAUUAACCCCGACGCAAAACCAGGUAAGUCUCCACGGCGCCGUGCUGGCAGUAUGGAGACCAAAGUCUACGAGAAGAAGAAGAACCGUGCCAAAAAGAAAGCUGACCAACUACGAGCUCUGGAACAAGGUGGAAACAGUCCAACAACAAGUAGCGAUGGCGACUUGUUGACCGAUUCUCCAGUGCCAGGCUUCCAGCUCAGUCCAGAUUUUGAUUUUCGGCCCCGUGCCAGCUCUAACGCCAGCAGCUGUGGUCGUCUCUCUCCGAUACAAGCUGUGGUUGAGCCUGACCUCCAUGAUAAUCAGGUGCCACCUAUGUCUCCUAUUCCUUGGAACGCUGAGAUGGAAACCGAGGGUCCAUCUAUUGAUAGCUACGCCGACCAGCUAGUCGAUUCCUUGCCAGGCAGUAUGAAUCUGACCGACGAGGGGCUUCACCAUCAACACAUGCUGUCGGGCGGUUCGGUGAGGAGGUACACGACGGCCGCCGCCAGUGCCACGCAGGCAACCUCGUACAACCAAUUCAGCAGCUACAACGGGCCGUCUGCCCCACCGCCGCCACCCUAUUCAGAACACAUCCGCACCAGUUCGCAGUCACAGCAGUCCAACAAACAAGUGCAAUCACAGCAGACCAGUCCACAGAAUCAACUGACUGCCUUGGAUGCGCUCUCUCUGUCUGGCCAUGACAGCUACAGCGGUGUCAGUUUGAACACAUUACAGAAUGGACUGGACAUCUACGGCCAAUCCGAUUCUAUCUUGAAGUCAAUAGUCAACACGGAGACACCGAAUCAGCUGAAUGCCAGUCUCCAGGAUGCAGCACAACUUGCCGCCGCUGCUGUACAACAGCAACAGCAGCAGCAGCAACAGCAACAGCAACAACAACAGCAACAAAUUCAGCAAAGUCAAUCAAGGCCCCAGACUGCAUCCCAAAUGCAUCUGCAAGAUCAGCCACAAGUGCAGCUUCAUACCAUAGCAAUUUCACACACUCAAGUGCACCCGUGCAAUAUUGCAACAAAUACUGCAGGACUUGAUAAGAAGCAACUGGCUCUCGGUGCAGUGUCUGCAUCUGUCGUUGCUUCUUCUGGUGUUGCAAUUCACAGCGGUUACUCUCAGUCAAUUUCUAAAGUGGCACAGGUGCAGCAGCAGCAACAGCAGCAACAACAACAGCAACAGCAGCAACAACAACAGCAACAACAACAACAGAAGCAGCAGCAGCAGCAGCAGCAGCCACAGUCUCAAAGCAACUUGUCAAUCCAUCAUCAACAGACCUCAGCUCAGUCAAAGAUUGGUACCUCGAAUUUACUGCAACAGCAAAUGCACUCACCCCCAACUAACUCGAUCUUGCGUGCAGCACUCAUGCACAAUGCACAGCCAUUGCGAGCCCACACUAACGCUGCAGUAACCCAGCCUUACACUUCGUACGGAAGAGACAUAUUCGGUAACAAUAUUUCGUCUCAAACAUCAUCAUCAUCGUCGUCAUCAUCACAGUCACAAUCAUCGUCCUAUGGGGACAACAACUUAGCCUGCUUACUUGCCUCCAACAACAUAACAACUACGUCAAUAUCAGAUUGCCGAUUGGGCAACACAGCCGGUAGUUUAAGGGGCACGAAUGCCCUAGCUAACUGCUUAAAUGGAGGAAUGAGAGCCCACAUGCCCCAGAUCGGAGGAAACUUAUCAGCCAUUCAAUCGAGAGUCCUUAACACCAAUAAUUUAGACUUUGACAAUGUGCACAGUGACGUUGUCAACUCCUCAGUGGUCUCCUGUCAACCAAGCACCUAUCCUUGUGACAUUGACUAUGAAAUGCUGUGGAGUAGCACUAACUUAGAAUGUGAUGUAGCGGCUGUCAUCCAGCAUGAACUCAGCUUGAAUGAAAAUUUGGAUUUCAACUUUGACCCUCUUCCAGGAUAGAAUCUUCUCCGGUGAAUCCCUCUCCCCAAAAAAUCAACCAGUACACACACACACAAACACGCACACACACACAUGCACACACACACACACACACACACACACAUACACACACACACACACACACAUGGACAAUGAGAAAUAGUUGUAGACAUUUUCCAGUCAUAUGUUUUAAUACAGCACAAAUAUACUUAUUAGUGUAUGCUAAUACAAAUCUAUACAUGCAUGCAUAUUUGUAUGUGUGUGUGUAUGUAUGUAUGUAUGUAUGUAUGUGCAUGUAUAUAUAUAUAUAUAUACACACACACACAUACAUGCAUGUGCACAGACACAUAAGCAUCAACAGGUAAAUUAAUCUUCCUUAUGUCAGGUCAACAUUUGUUCAGAGUGUAAUCAAACACAUGUAUAUACAUCUAUAUGCCUCAUAUAUAUAUAUAUAUAUAUAUACAUAUAAAUAAAAAUAUAUAUACACACACACAUGUACAUACACAUACAAGUAUGCUUGCGUGAGUGUAUAAUGAGUGGUAUGUCAUAAGUAUAAGGAUAGCAAUUAUCUUCUUGUUUCCCUUCCUGUUGCCAAUUUUUAUCUGAAUAAUAUUGGUUUCCAAGACAAAAGUAAUAUCUUUUUCUGAUGAAUAUGUUUGUGAGUUCAGUAUGCAUACAUACAGAAAUUUAUGCAUGCACACACACACACAUACACACACUUAUAUAGAUGCUUAUAUAUAUAUAUAUAUAAUAUAUAUGUAUUACAUAUCGUCAUCAUAAUCUUGUAACGUCAGUUAUGCUAUGAUGAUAUGUGAUACAUAUAUAUUAUUUUAUAUAUAUGCAUCUAUUAUAGACAUAUAUAUGUAUAUGUGCAUUAUAUAUAUAUACAUAU